ACAACGCCAUUUUGCCCUACUUCUAUCAGAGAAGAUUCAUAGUUAUCGUCAUUUUCCAUCUUUUAAACCUAAUGAAAUGUUAUUCCUUUGAUCGAAAAAUAAUCUAAAAAGCGUACUGAGAUGGCGUCGCAACCUCCCCAUACGACAACAAUUCAAAUUCCUUUUAUUUCGGGACUUAGUGUACCCACUAAUGCGACAACAGUCUUCCUUCCAAUUCAAACGUCGAAUAUAGUUCCUACUAGAAAUUUAAUACCAUCAACACCGGCACUUCUUCGAGGACCUGUAAUAGCUCCACAACUUCCGAUUAAUUUGCCCAUAAUAAACAGACUAGUACCACCUCAUCGUGGUCAGACAACUAAACCUAUUGCUCCCAAAAAUCCGAAUGCUCCACCCAAACCCAGAGUUGUUACCAGAAGCCCUCGACCUAUUACUCCCACUGUCCGAGAAGUUUUGGAACAGCAAAAAAAAAUUAGGGAAAAAGAAGGAAUGCCUGUUCAACUUGUUAUCAAUCAACAAGUUCAAUCUCAGCCUAUAGGUACUCAGGUUCAAUAUAUGCAAAUGCAACUUGGUUCUCUAUUACCUGCUACACAAAGAAAAAUUGCACCAAAAACUGUAUCCAGUUUAGGAGUUCCAACACCGAUCACUGUUCACUCAAGAUCACCUUCUAAAUCACCUAUGAAACAAGAAACAACUAUUCAAUUGGAAGCUACCUCCGAAAACCCUGUAAAAGAAAAUGAUAGUAUCUCAUCAGAUGACUCUCUCUGUAAAUUGACAGAAGACUUUGAUAAGGAGCAAAGCGUAGGUGACACAAGCGAAGCAAAGAACGAUAUGGAAGAGGAGGAGGAUGAAGAUGAGGAGGAAGAAGAAAUGAAGUGUAAAAAUGAGACUAAUAACGAAGCAGAAAUGGAAGAUUUUCAAGCAUCAGAUGAAUUUGAAGAGAUAGAAUUUCAAUGGGGUGAUUACCUUGAAAUUACUGACUCGAAACAAGCAGAUGAUGACUGUUUUGAGCAUGUUCAGAAUAGUUUAUCGUCUUGUGUUAAGGCAGGAAUGAUUGUUGAAGUUGAACAUGGAGAACAAAAAUAUUGGCCCGCAAGAAUUCAAAUAGUUGCCGGACCAGUUCUCAAUAUGAGAUAUAUUGGAGCUAAUAGUAGUAAUAAAGAGUUAUGGUUAAAGCCUAGCCAAGUCCAUCCCUUAAAUUGGGGAAAAAAUAAUGAUAGUUACAGUAGAGAACCUCCAGAAGAUAUUAAAGAGAAUAGAGAAGAUUGGGAUGAAUUUAUUGAAAGAGAGUUAGAUGGUGCUGGUACACCUUUAGAUUACGUAUUUGAGAGUGAUAGCGGAACUACUGCCAUAGAUUUUGUAAGAAAAGGACAAUUAUUGGAAGUUCAGCACUACAAAUGUUGCCCUCUGAUCUGGCCUGUAAGAGUUAUACGAAAUGUUGGAGGAAGGCUCCUUUUACGAUUUGUGGGAACAGGACCUACUGAAGAUGAUGAGAGUGAACAUGGCGAAAUUCCGAAAUAUAAGUCUGAUUUUUGGCUCUUUUUUUUACAUUAUCGCCUGCAUCCUGUUGGUUGGGGAAAGGAGAAAGGUUUAGAGUACAAACCUAUUCCAGAAAUUGUAGAUCAACACAAAUCCGAAGAAUGGAACGAAAUUCUGAACAACUGUUUUAGCGAAGCCGAAAAAAACCCCCCACCUAUUGAUCUCUUCAAUCUUCAGAGGGAAGUGCAAAGUCAUACUUUUCAGAAGGGGGAUAAAUUGGAAGCAAUGCAUCCCAACCGAAGAUGUUCUUUUCAUCCCGCCACAAUAGCUGAAGUUUUGGACGAGUACUUUUGCAUAGUAGAGUUAGAUGAUUAUGAUGGUGAAGAAAUUGUCCGAAUGUGUUGUCAUUCCGGUAGUUGUAAUAUAUUUCCUGUUAAGACUUGUGAAACAAAUGGAAUUAAGAUUAAAGCUCCUAAAGCUUCAAAAAAUCCAGAAUUUAAUUGGGAUGAAUAUUUAGAAAAAACGGGGUCAAAAGCAGCUUCACCUGACUGCUUCUUAAAUAAAUUUAUUGAAAAUGUUAAGUUUGCUAAAGGGGAUAAGUUAGAAGUAGUACAUCCAGAAAAUCCUGAUGUCAUAAGCCCGGCAACGGUUAGUUUGGUUGUUCAGAAAUUGUUAUUUCUUCAUUUGGAUAGUGAGACAUCGAAAACAAACGAGUUUGUGAGGGCAGCAAGUUCCAUGGAUAUUUUUCCUGUUGGAUGGUGUGAUAGUAAUGAUUAUCCCCUGGAAUUACCUCACAAAAGUCGUCUAAGAGUAAAAGUAAAGCGUAAUUUGGACACUGAAACCGGUCAAGAUAGAUCAGAAAAUUAUUCGGAUGAGCACAGUCAAGAUGGCUCAUGUCCAAAAAUCUAUUUCAAUCAUCAAUGUUUCUCGGGACCAUUCUUGAAUAAAGGCCAACUUUCGAUGCUACCUAAAUCGUUAGGGCCUGGACCAAUUGAACUUGUUUUGACUGAAGUGCUGAGCAAAUUAAUAAAUGUAGCUUACAAACCAUCCUUUGUUUUACGACUAUUCAGCCUACAAGACCAACCUAACCCUAAUAUGAAACUUGUUUCAUUGAAAGCAAAGUAUAAAGGAAGACAAUAUAGAGCUAGUGCAGAAAUCUGUAGCUCUGCCAGUCAGGUAAUUAAUGUAUCAAAGAAAUGAAAUCUUUUAAUAAUAUUCAUAUAUUCAAUAGCUUGAGGAAUUCUGCAAGCAAAUAUGCAUUAAGAUAGAAAGCUGUCCUAAUUUAUUUUCACCAAAUUUUGUAAAUGGCCACUGUCCUGAAAAAUGCUCUCAGUUUACAAAAAACAGAUACAUGGAUUACAAAUAUGGAAAAAAGAAGAAGAAGAGGAUAGGCCGUCCCCCAAAUACGCUGUCUUUACUUGUUGAUUCUAAGGAACGACGAGGAAAAUUUGGAGGAAGGAAACCAUUUGGUACAAUUGAAAAGGCACCAAUAAAAACUGAAACACAGGAAGAAGAAAUAGCCAUAAAAGUAGCUCCUCUCGGUAAAAGAAAAAAAAGGAAGACAACUGAGUUCGAAAUUUUAUCCCCCUCAAUGGAAGAAGAUGAAAAUUUUGAAGGAAGCCUUCAACUUAAGGAAGAGAACCUGGAAACAGAGAUAAAAAAGAUGAAAGAAGAACCAAAAGUUAAGCCAACUUUAAAAAAGCCUGAACCUAUUUUAACUUCUGACAAGCUUUUGCUAGAAAGCGAUCCUAUAAAGUGGACUGUCGACGAUGUUGUUAAUUUUAUGACUGACAAUGAUUGUAAAUACGUAGUACCUUUUCUACGGGAGCAGGAAAUUGACGGCCAAGCUCUACUACUUCUAAACCUGCAGACCGUUCAGGAUUUUCUACCAAUAAAAUUAGGACCGGCCGUAAAAUUUUGCCACCAAAUCGAAAGACUGCAACGAGCUUUCGUACAGCAAUUUACUUAAGAUCGUCUUUCUUCUAAUGCUAUGCAAAAUAUUAUGAAUAUUACAUACAGUGAAUUUUCUAAUUUUCUAAUUUUCUUAUGAAAGAGGAUGCGUAUGACUAGUCAAAAAGUUGUUGGUUUUUUUCAAAUAAAUGGUUCUAAAUGUUUCCAAAAUGAUCUUUUCAAAGCCUUUCAGUAACGAAGAAUGAAUUGUUUAAGUACUCGUAUUUAUCUUUUAUCCAAGUCUUAAUGAAAAUCGCACUAUACGCAACACAGUGUAUUAACA